UCCAUUUUUUUAGUACUAUCAAACACUAAAACCACUGCUUUGCCUCAAGAAGAAUAAGAAGAAGAAGGAGAAGAAGGAGAAGAGUGAGAGAGCAUAGCAAUGGCUUUGAAACUCUGGGCUUCUUCAGCUGCCAAUGUGCUCAAAAUCUCUUGCAAUGGAGCUAGAGCUCCUACCUUCUUCAGAUGCUUCUCUUCUGUUUUGGAUGGCCUGAAGUAUAGCCCUUCUCAUGAAUGGGUGAAGCAUGAGGGCUCUGUGGCUACUGUUGGCAUCACUGACCACGCCCAGGGUCAUUUGGGAGAUGUGGUGUUUGUUGAUCUGCCUGAAUCUGGGAGUAAAGUGACCAAAGGUGGUAGCUUUGGAGCAGUGGAGAGUGUUAAAGCAACAAGUGAUGUUAAUUCUCCAAUUUCUGGUGAAAUUAUUGAAGUUAAUACCAAGCUUUCAGAAGCUCCAAUCCUGCUUAACUCUAGUCCAUACGAAGACGGAUGGAUGAUAAAGGUCCAGCCAAGCAAUGUAUCAGAAUUGGAUUCCUUAAUGGGGUCGAAGGAGUACACCAAGUUUUGCGAAGAAGAAGACGCUCACCAUUAAUGAGCCAAAAAGGAUUACAACAUGGUUCCUGCUAACUAUUGGCUUUGUUAAAAUGUGGAGGUAAAACCACUUAGUUUGCAAUCCCUUUUUUUAAUAUUGAAAAAUUCAAACAUAAUCUUCAAUCAUUAUGAAACUACUUUGUCAUCAA